CUCAUAGUUAAACCCAACAGUAUUUUUCUUGUGUCUAGAGCAGUGUUUUCUAUAAGUUUCACUCCUUCCUAGUUGGAGGGUUGUAAAAUGUCGAUCCGAUCGCUCAACGGCAUGUGGAUCCAUGUGUUGACAACAGUGCUACUUGCGAGUCAUAUUACAGUAACAAAUGCGCUACUAAAACGGUGCUACCAGUGUCGCUCCAGGAGUGAGUUGGGUAGCUGCAAAGAUCCGUUCCUGUUCAAUGCGACGGAGGUAGAGAACGAACGUGGGCUAACAGCAGUACCGUGUGCGUCCGGAUGGUGUGGCAAGGUGAUCGAAGGAAUGGGUUCUUUCCGGGAGGACGAUUACGACAUGGCCACCCAGCGAAUGUGUGUACAGCGUGGACCCUCGGACUCGGAGGACCGGUGUGCCUACACUGUAUACAACCACAAAAAGGUCUACAUGUGCUUCUGCCAAGGAGAUUUGUGCAAUAACGCAAACAGUCUACUUCGAGAUGGCAGACGUGUUUUGACUUCCAUUGCAGGAGGUUCACUAACGCUGUUGUUCAUAGUUUAUGCAGUCGCUUAAGUACUCGAUGGUAGCGGGAGUCCUAGGCAGUGCUAAUCCAUACUACUCUUGGCGAAAGCUUCCUUCAACUGCGAUAUUCCAAUGGAGCACGAAUUGCUCACCAUACUUGACAUAUCAUAUCUUGCAUAUCUUACAUACUUGACAAACUCCGCUGGUAUUUACAGAGCUGUCAGCUGAUUCCGUCCAACAAUUUUUUUAAAUCGUUACGCUCGCAAUCAUUCCUAUUUUUGGUCUAGAUACUAUUCGACGAAGAUUAUAUUUAUUAACUUAGUUGAAAGAAAGAAGGUUCGCCUCGAACGGACCAUUGGCUUACGUAAAUAAAAUUCCGAAUUUUCUAUCAAUACACAAAUGAUACAACCUGUUCUUGCUAAUCUUCCAUUCUGUUCUGUUUCAUCUGUUCUCG